CCAUGACUACCCACGCAUCUCGCAUCCCAUAGCCUUGGGAUCCGACCCAGCUAUCAUGCCGCAGCUUCAGAAGCUCGAACAGCUUUCGGCGCCGCACUGCCUUCUGCUUGCCGUCCACUAUGCCAUCGAGUGCAAUAUUGGCGCGCUGGGGGCAUUGACAGCUCUUCGCGCGGCCGAUCUGGACCUUGAGCUCGUUCUGAGGCUCAUCUUGACCUAUCUUCCAGAGAGCGCCGAUCCUUCCACGUAUGUCGAAUAUCUCCACGAGCUCGCAAGCGGCACUAGGCCAUCAGGCGAUGAUGACGCCGCGUCGCUCGACAUUUCCCCCGUGGAGCACCUCUCUGGCUCGCAAGCGCGGAAAAAGAAACGGAGCCUGGAGCUAUUACCGCUCGCACUUGCCCUCUACAAGAACGAGAUCGAGCUUGAUCCCUUCACCCACUUCCUCAUCCAUCGCGCGCACAACAUCGACGCUACAACGGGUGUGCUUGAGCUUAUCCCUCAGCUAAUAGUGCCCUUCUUGAACCACUCCGAAUACCUGCGCGCAUGGUUUAUAUCGACGGUGCUGCCGCUGCUGCGGCUUAGCUACGAAUACUAUCCGCAAACGCCUGCCCCGUCGCUAGAAGAGUUUGCACGAUUGAGGGGAAGGCGGGCCAUAGAGUUACAGCUGUCCAAUCUGCGGCAGACGCCCAAGGAUACACCAGGCAGAGAGCAUGCUGCACGAGACUUGAGGGGCGUAGUCGGGCCCUGGAUGUGUGGGGCAAAUGACCGCAAGAGGCGCAAGCUGUCAACCGAAGACCGAAGAGCGUCCGUUACGGAGAAAUCGACGCAAGAGCCGGAUGACUGGGAGUGCUUAUUUGAGUGGCUAGUGCACACGUCGAGAGCGGACCUACCUCUUGUCUCAUCCGUAAUUUGCGAGUGGGACGGCCCGGACGACAUGGACCUAGGAGGCUAUGAGGAAGGUCGAGAUUACGUCGGCGACGAAACGCGGCGCAAACUGGAGCUUCGAUAUGCCCAGGCGGCUUUGGCAUGUCUCUAUCUGGUGGAGAGUAGCAGCACGGAGACAAUACAAACUGCGCAUGCCCUGUUGACCAGAGUCUCCGAACUCCUGAACUUUGACCCGCCACCAGGCCUCAACGUAAGCGUAGACUCCUUGCCGUCUUACGGCCUCAAAGUUUCCAUGGCGCAGCAGACCUCCACGGGCGCUCUGCGGGAAGAGAAUAUUUUCCGACCCGAUAAUGCUCUUACGCAGCCUGGCAGGGACGCUGUCGACCUCCUGCAGCUCUUGCUCUUCUCAGUCUGCCUCUUUUCCAGCUUACAGCAUCCCAUAUCGAUCAGAGAGUUCGCAAGGAUGUACCUGGGCAGCGAUUUUUCCGAGCAAUCUGCUCUGCUACAGAAGAUCAUCCAUUCUCUUAGUAGUGGCGCGAAGAAGGAUGACGAGCAAUGGAGGACCAUUAGGGCAAAGCUUCUCUGGCUGUGGAACUGGGGAACGAACCGUUCCGAGGGUGACCGCCACGCUCAAGGGAUAUUCGGCAACAUGGACAACAUAUCGUGCGAGAUGGAGAUCCUGAAGGGUCUUCUCGAGAGCAGUCAUUAUCAGCUUGCCAUUCAAAUCUACAUUCAGACACCAUCCAGCCACGGUCCAUUGCCCCUCCACAUUGUGGAGAAAGUCGUCCUCGCUACAGCGAUGCACCACUACGACAACGCAAGCAAUGGUAACCGCACAAGAGGCGGCAUGAAGCGUGCGUCCGAUAUCAUUGCGGCCUUCAGUCCAUGUUUUCCCUCUUCCUCUCGAUUCCAACGAAUGAGGGCUCUGCUGUCUGCGACCCACGCCAUGUCCUUCUACUCGUUGACUCUCCAACAUGGCGUCCCUUUCCAACCCGUGAACAUCAGAGUCACCGCCGAUCCCCUGUCUCUGCUACGCAAAUUGCUACAGCAGAACAGCCGCAGCUAUACGCACCUGGAUGACUUGAUCUCCAUCGGACAAAAUCUUGUUGUCGCUAUGCCGUCGACUCUCAUAGACGAUGACGCCGACACUAGGCCCGUCGACUUAGCGGCACUAGAAAACAAGAAGGCAGCCGCCGAACGCCGGGUCAUUGGCAUGACUGUCGAAGCGGCUCUCAGCGAAGACGAUUUCGAAACGGCGUAUUCAUACGUUGUCAAUCGGCUGACUCCACCCACACCCUCCCCAGCCGCGUCGCCCGCCACAUCUACUUCCUCUCAGCGCUUUUCCUUUGGCUUAUAUGAUUCGAUUACCGAAGAAGACGACGCGGAAGACGUUGCGUGGCGUGCCGCUCUCGAAGCCGGACGGCAUCACUCUUCACCCUCCUCUUCGAUGUGGUCUCGGUCUGGAACGACUGCACGCCCGGACCUGCGCAGACUAGAACAGCGCAUGGAGCUCCUUUCGCAGGCGCUUCUUCUCGCACCGCCUCGUCAUCUCGAGGAGGUCCUUGCAGUUUGGCAGGAGUGUGAGAAAGAGAUGACGACCCUCCUAGCCGAGGAAAACGCGGCGGAAGAACGGUUCAAUGAUGCAGCAGAUCGCCGAUUACCAGGCGCAUUCACUACCGAGACAGUCGCUGUGCAGCCGCGGCGCGAAGUCGGUAGGGGCGCGGUGGAGGAAGCGCCCGUGGGGCUCUUUGACGUUGCUAGAGGGGCUGCUGCCGCUUUCUCGAAGACUGCGUUUCCCCUUCGGGGCAGUAACCGGACUGCUUCAGGGGCGGAGACCAGGGACACGACAAGCGAUCGUGGCCGCGUUUCCAUGGAUCUGAGUGAUUCAGGUAGCACAGGUGGUAGCACCGAGGAGAGGGUCCGAAAGAGAGAUAUGGUUGCCAGUGCCGUUACUGGUGGGUUGGCCAGCGGGCUUGGAUGGGUCCUUGGUGCGAAACCCGUGGCUGAUCCCGAUCGCGAGUAGCUGGCAUGGCGAUCUGUUGACAGUUCUAGCUUCAAUUUACAUAGCUAUACUCAUAUAGCUGGAUUCCGACCAACUCAGCAACUAUGAACAACCAAGUGAGACCCACUUCCAUCUCCCGAGGUCCUUUCCCAUGGCUUUCUGUUAUUCUUGCCAAUUCUCCUUAUCGAAGACCAGCGCGCUCCUUCCUCCUCCGCCCUCCCCGUCGCACUUUCCUCCCACCCACUACCAAAGCGGAGACACUUGCUCUAGCGCCGC